AUGACAGAUCAACAGAGGGUGACUUCAUUUGGACAGAUCGCGGCCCUGGAAACUUUACAGCUUGGGCCAAGAAUCAACCAAACAACUUCAGAGAAGAAGAUUGCGUGCACGCACUUGGCUGAUAGCUCAUCUAAUCAGAUUGCAGCAAUUGAGUUAAUAUUCUAUAGUAGUAGAUUCAUUUACAUUAGAGCCUAUUUGAAUGAAUGCGGCAGGAACAUAAAUCACUGCCAUCGACUUGCCACUUGUACCAAUGAACGCGGAUCGUACACGUGCACUUGCAACCAUGGAUACGUAGGAGACGGAUUUGACUGCUAUUAUAUAUAUGCAGGCUUAAGAAAAUCAGCCAUACUGGGGAAUGAUAAUAAUUACUUGAGCACUUUAAGUAACUGGUUAAAACCUGUUAUGCAAAGCAAAUCUUCUCACUGGAAUCGCUGUUGGCGUGCGUCGCUGGACGGCUGGUCUGCAAACACCUUCCAUUCACUUUGCGACAAUAGAGGUCCAUCUGUUACUAUUAUUCGUGUUGGACAGUACAUCUUUGGUGGAUAUACCAGCGCUUCAUGGAGUUCCAGUAAUAAGUGGUUGUACAGUUCGACAGCUUUCAUUUUCUCGCUGGUAAACAAACCAGGCUGGGGACCAGUGACAUUCAAGCCACCAGGAACACAUAGUUCUUACCAACGUGCUACAUACUGUUACUAUAACUAUGGACCUUCAUUUGGAGGUGGACACGACAUUCACAUUGCCACAUACGCCUCGUCCAACACAAAUUCAUACUCAAAUCUUGGACAUGGCUACAGUCCACCAGCUGGUCACAGCUACCAUACCUCAUUCACUAAAGCAUUCCUGGCGGGUAGUUAUAACUUUCAACCAGACGAGGUGGAAGUCUUCUACGAGAGUACUUGAAAGAAGAUGAAAUAGACCGCGGCAUUUUAACUAACUUCCGGCUCUGAAAUGUGAUUUUUACCAUUGAUUCAUUUAUAAUAAUUUAAACCAGUCCUUUCAAAACACUCAAAUGAUAGCACCUCAAGAUAUUAAAUACAAGUGAUAAGCAUCGAAAACAUGAUUAGUUUUAGUUAGAAAUUUGCUGCUACAUAAAGACAGUUAAUCUGGCGAUAUUGAAAAAUAUGGUGUGGCUGAUUGUUUGUCGUGAUGAACGAUGUCUGCAGUCCAUCAUGUAAUGUAACAACCGCGAGAAGAGAUCGAAGUAAAUGAGGUGCUAGUGACAUCAGCGCCACAUAACCGUGAUUUUAGCUUGACUUUAACAGUUUUCAUUAGUCGGUCGGUUUAUAUGAUCAAAGUUUGAAGAAGAGUUUCUAAUUAGGAGUAUCGUUUAAUAUGAUGUUAAAGUGUGGUAUAGGAAUUAACAUUUGCUUUCUAGAAAGAAUUGCAUAGUACAUUUCUUAGUUCCUCGCUAAUUGACAACAAAAGUUGUGUUCAUUUGUUUGGAUAAAUUUUAACAGACAGAUACAAAAUCGGCUGUAUUGAGAUUACCCGUGUCGGGGAAAUUAAAGGCAAUAGUUUAAACGGCAUAUGUUAGGGCACUAAGGAAACAGUAUUCAUCGACAUACUUGUCACAGAGUUAAUGUAACUCUCUUUUUUAUAUAAUGAAAAUAAUAAAGGAUCGUUUGACUCAAUGAUUGCUCUUGGAUACGAACUAGUGUCUUAAAUGUCUCGUUCAACUCAAGUCAUGCCAUCAAUGUCGCAAGGACGUUUGUCCAUUAUUGUACUUAAUACUUGAUCCGGAGUCAACCGCACUACGUGUUAGGCCGCUCAGCCUCUGGCACUAAAAUUGUCACGGAAAACAUAUCGAUGGUGCCUACUAAAUACACAAGUCUUUUCGCCAGAUUAAGACCAUACAGCAAAAGG